UUCUAAAAGCUUCCUACUUUGAUUAAUUAUUUCCCAUGGCUUAGCUUUAAACCUGCAAAAGUGCUUUCUUAGAGCCACUAUACCAAGAGGGCUCCAUAACACACAUGGAGAAAAGUCUUUUCUUUUCCAAACCUACAAAUUAUAAUUAUUUCUUAGCAAACAAGAAUGUUCAUCAUCAUCAUAUUCAUUUGAUAAACAUGCAAAACCCUAAUCAUGAGAAGUGCUCAUCAUCAUCAAGAAGUCAAUCACCGGAAUUCGUUGGACCUGUCUCUGAUACCAAGUGGGCCCCUAGGCUUCUCCGGGAGUGUGCUACAGCGAUUUCUAAUAAGGAUUCAACAAAGAUCCAUCACUUGUUAUGGAUGUUGAAUGAACUUGCUUCUCCCUAUGGUGAUUGCAAUCAAAAGUUGGCAUUUUAUUUCUUACAAGCACUUUUUUGUAAGGCUACGGAUACUGGCUUGAGGUGUUACAAAACCCUAACUUCAGUAGCUGAAAAGAGCAAAUCAUUUGAUUCAUCUAGGAAAUUGAUCUUAAAGUUCCAAGAGGUAAGUCCAUGGACAACUUUUGGUCAUGUUGCAUCAAAUGGUUCAAUUUUAGAAGCAUUAGAUGGAGAGAAUAAGCUUCAUAUAAUUGAUAUAAGUAACACCUUUUGUACUCAAUGGCCAACUUUGCUUGAAGCCUUGGCUACACGAAACGAUGAAACGCCACAUCUUAAGCUCACGGUUGUGGUCAUGGAGAGCAUCUUAGUGAAGUCGGUUAUGAAAGAAGUAGCACAAAGGAUGGAGAAAUUUGCUAGGUUAAUGGGAGUGCCAUUUGAGUUUAAUGUUAUAAGUGGAUUGAAUCACUUGAAAGAACUCACAAAAGAGAGUUUGAAUAUACAAGAAGAGGAAGCAUUGGCUGUGAAUUGUAUUGGAGCUUUGAGAAGAGUUGAAGUAGAAGAAAGGGGAAAUUUUAUAAGAAUGCUUCAAUCACUUAACCCUAAAGUUGUGACAAUAGUAGAACAUGAGGCUGAUUUUUCCAGCACAAGGAAUGACUUUGUUAAGUGCUUUGAAGAAUGUCUUAGGUUCUACACAUUAUACUUUGAGAUGCUAGAUGAAAGCUUUCCAACAACGAGCAACGAAAGGUUAGUGAUCGAAAGGGAAUGUUCUAAAUGCAUAGUUAAGGUUUUGGCUUGUGAUAAUGAAAUUGGUGAUGAUCAAGGAGAUAGUGAAAGAAGAGAAAGAGGAAAUCAAUGGUGUGAAAGGCUUAAGGAAUGUUUUUCCCCAUUUACACUAAAUGAUGAUGCUCUUGAUGAUGUUAAGGUAUUGCUUAAGAGGUACAAAGCUGGAUGGUCACUUGUGCUACCACAAGGAGAUCAAGAAUCACCUGGAAUUUACUUGAGAUGGAGAGAAGAAAAAGUGGUAUGGGCUUCCGCGUGGAAACCCCAUGAAAAAUCAAUGGAGGUAGCGACAUGAUCAAUGAAGAUUCAUAUAGCUAAAUUGGACGUAUGUGUGAUGAUUAGUGAAGAUUCAUAUAACUGAACUAGAUGUGUGUGUGAUGAUUGGUGAAGAUUCAUACUGUUGAACUGGACAUAUGUGAUGAUCAGUGAAGAUUCAUAUAGCUGAUGAACUGGACGUGCAUGGUAUUAAGGCUUAGUAAUCAUAUUGUCAUAUGCUUUAUUUAGCUUACAACAAGCUAAAGCUUGAUAGCAUUUAGUUUUUUUCUAUAUUUGGGAGCCAAUAACAUAGAUAAGCAAGAGGUUGAUCCUUUUUGCUUUAAUUUGUUUUUUCCUUUUCUUAUGGAUCUUGCAAACAUAUAAGAUGAUUAUUAUAACUAGAUUAUAUUGUUUUUUUCUUUUCUUUUUUCCACCUUCUAGAUUCAACAACACUAUAAUGUUUUGUGCUUGGGAGUUUGUAUUGCUUUCUUUUGUUUGA